AGCAAUCACAGAUCGCAGGUAAUAAGAGAAUAUUUUAUUACAUUCUACGUUGUUCAGGAAAAAAAGAAUCGUUUUGCACAAUGAGGACUGUGAUUCUGCUGAUCGGCCUGGUGGGUCUUUGUUCCUGUCUUCCGGUUUCUGAGGACCACCACAUCGAAGAGCGGUCAGCAAGUCAUGAAGGCUUCAGAUUCAGACCAUAUCCACCUCCUUUCUAUCCAUCCAUUCCAUCCUACCCAUCCAUUCCAUUCAAUCCAUCCAAUCCAUCACAAGGGAAUGAUCUGACUUCCUUACUUACUCUCCUUCGAAUGCUUCCUUUUCUGACUCCUGUUCCCGCUCCAGCCCCUGCUCCAGCUCCAGCUCCAGCACCAGCUCCCGCCCCCGCCCCCGCUCCAGCUCCAGCUCCAGCUCCAGCUCCAGCUCCAGGAGGAGGUUAACGCGAUCGAAACAGUCUGAAUUAUCUUAAAUUAUGUUUUGUCAAGACAGACUCUGUUCAGACUGUGAAUUUAUUAAAAUAAAUACAUUUAUCAACAGCAAAA